AUGGCGAUGCGCAAGGCACCACGUCUGCCCGUCGGGUCGGCAGCAUGGGUUGCAGAAGAGCGCGCAUCUGCGCUCAAGGUCGCAGAGGAGGAAGUCGAAGAGUUCUCGUAUGCAGCGCGCAAUGAGAUGGAUUGGCUGAAUGAGCACAUGGACGACAUCUUCUCGGGCGAGAACCAAAUGAACAUCACCGAGAUCUUCAAAACACCAGGCCGACAACGAGGCAAGACGCCGCGAACCAUUCGCAAAGCGCCCAAUACCGAAGUCCGAGUGCCCUUGGCCAGCAUCUUCUCGGCUACCCCCCAAGGAACACCAAAUCCCUUCGUCCUCGCCCCGCCCGCGAACAACUCGUCAUGGACACCCAAGAUCAGACCCGAUACGCCAGAAGCCGAUGUCGAAGCUGAUGACGAAGCCGAUGUUCCCAAGAAUCCCACGACUCCCUCGACGCGCCGUGUGAGCCCCCGAAAAUCAGCUGCCGCCUCAGCUGCAAAGUCGCCAAGCCCAGUCAAGAGCGUCGUCGCGCCAUCACGACAACCGAGGCCAGUCAAGCCGAACAACAACGACACGCAUAUGCGACCACCCGCGAGUCCAGCAAAGCCAGUCGCUGUCACCCCGUCCAAAGUCAGAAGCCCCAUCAAACAUCUCAACGGCUCCCCUCUACCCAUUCUUUCCAAGUCGCCUACUCCCGUCAAGGCCACCGACUCUGGAUACUAUGGCAGUCAGAAUCUGGAUAUCAUGGAUGUGGACGAGGUCGAGAAGGUUGUUGAUGCCGAUGUCGAUAUGGGAGAACCAGCACACGAGCCGACGGUGGAACCUACUCAGCAGUCAACACAGGAGCUAUCACAACGACCAUCGCAGGAGCCCACACAGGAGCAGACAGAUCAUGUAAUACGGCUAUCACAGGAGCGUAGCCAGGAACCGACGCAGGAGGAACCAGAGCAGGAGAUCGAGUCACAGGAUCUUGGACUUGAACCAGCCCCCAUUGAACCGGAGCAGCACGCCAGUUCCGUACCACAGGAGACAGUCGAACUACCGGAAGAGACACAGCCUUCAGAAGAACCUGUCCAGCCUACCGUUAAAUACCCCCGACUACCCUCGCCCGAGCUUGAUGUUGCUAGGUCUAGUAGCCCAGUCCAUAUGCUCAUCCCGUCGCCCACCAGGUCUAUCCAUGCGCCUUCCCCGAAGAAGCCUGCCUCGCCGGUUAAAGCCUCAUCCCCCCUAAAGCUCGCAUCGCCAGAAAACCAUCUUUCCCCUGCGAAAAGACUUUCCCGGAUCAAGAUGGCCUCCCCUCAGAAGGCUCCUUCACCAGAAAAAGUUUCCUUCCCUGAGAACACUGUGGAGCUCGAAAAGGAGGAAUCGCCUGUGGAUAGGGAUUCUCCAGAAAAAGCGGCUUCUCCGACAAAGAUCGCGCCUCCUCUUGUUCUUUCGCCCAAGAAGAAAUCACCGGAGAAGGCGUCAGUCAUCCAGCAACAACCCAAGACUCCGGCGCCCUUUGUACACCAUUCCCAGCCCGAAGAGGAUAGUGCGGACAACCAAGCGGGCGACAACGUGGACGACGACGCCAACUCAUCCAUGGAAGCCUCUAGCCCUAUUAGCCCGGUUAAGCGUCUGAGCAGUCUGAACUUUGCAUCACUUCCCGCACGCGAGCCGAUGACCUCUAAGAAGAGUCUCGGCAAUAGGGUGUCGAGGACUAGCCAUGUCGACGUAACGCGAACAUCAUUCUACCAUCGCCAAACCGGAGGAAAGAGUCUUGGCCACACGACCAGACAGGAUUUCAACGAUGACGACGAUGAGAUGGAUGUUGAUGACGAUCACACUCAGGAACCUAGGACUGCUAAAUCGUACACUCAGCGAUUGCAGGAUCAGAUCAGCAUGUUGGGCAAAGGACAGUCAAUAGGACCGAGACCCUCAAAAUCGAUAGCUCACCUCUUGCCGGCACAACAACCCGCAUCGACUUCACAGGCACCAACGACACAGCCCGUUCCGGAGCCCACCAAAUCCUCACCCAAGAAGCCACCUGUGGUUACCCCAAGGGCAUUUCCCACACCUGGAGCAUUCCCGAUGGACGACGAUGAUGACUGGAUUGGACCUCCCAGCAAGGGAGCAGAUAUGUCCACCCCCAUGGUGUGGAACGCGCGCAAAGACACACGGCUAAGUCAGCCAAUGGAAGGAAUAAACCUAUUCGCAAGGGAGGCAUCCCCGACCCUUGGAGAAUCCUUCAUGGAGAACAGGCACGACUCACCAAGUAAAGCGCCCGUCAUCCAGGAGCCACCCGUCACUUCUUCAGCACAUACCAAAUUGGCUUCUGUUCCAAUGCUACCGAACUUGAACGAGCUUUCCGUGCCACAUACCGCCAGUCCCAAGAAGGAGGCAUCUGCAUCUACUUCCAACCUCCACAAAAUGCCAUCGAACGAACCUGCUUCGCCCUUCAAGUCUCCCUCCAAGUCAUUGCGCGAGAACACGUUGGAGAGGGUGAAGAACAAGUUUUCAUCCCUUAUGAAAUCUUCCAAGGGACUCCUCCCCACCAGUGGCCCUUCCAAUGCGGAAGCGAAAUUGACCGCACUGUUCACCACCCCUUCGACUGCUCGACUGGAAGAGAACCACAGUUUAUCCGAAGCUUCCUUCAAGACAGCCGAUAAUGUCGUCUAUCCUGAUCUAUCUCACCAUGCACAUGCCGAGGCCCCCGUAGCCGCCACCCCCAUCCGACCCGUGCGAAAGACUCGAGCAUUGAGCGAGAGGGAAAGGAAGGAGGCAGAGGAAAGGGAGAAGGAAAAGAAGAAGGAAGAGAAGGAGGCCAAGCAAUAUGCCAAGCAGAACGAGAAGUUUGAGAAGAUGCGCGAGAAGGAAGCGGAAAAGGCCCGCAUCUUCCAACAAGAGCAAGAGAAACAGGUGGAGAUGGAGAGACGUGCUGCUGAACAGAGGGAGCAGGAACAACAAAAGAAGGAACAGGAAAAGAUUACCAAGGCACGACCACAGUCCAAGCCGUUGUUCGAGACACCCGGACCCUCAAAAUCGGCACCUAAGAGCCCCAAGAAAGCUACUCGGACUAGUCUUCGCAGAGGAGCCAAGCAGGGUGAUGCCGAAGAGGAGGUCGAUGUUGAUAUGGCAGACGUUACAAUAUCCACGAAGCCACCUCAGUCGAUUACCAGACCCCCAUCAGCUCAAGCUUCCCGUGGCACAGGUAUCAAGAGACCUGUCAGACCCACAAAGGAGGCCUUGACGAGGGCCAAGCCCGCCCCGACUCGCAUCCGCGUCAACACCACCAGCUCCCAACAAGGGGCAUUCCACACUUCCACCAACAGUGUUCUCAGCACCACCAGCCAAGAGAGCCUAGGUCAGUCGCACGGAAGGCAGCAACUCGUGAGCAAGGCCAGCACGUCUUCGCUCACCAAGAAGCCUUCCCUUCAGAGUCUUAAGGGGUCUUAUUCUUCGACUGUCGGGCGACCCAAAGCCUUGGAGCUAGCGGCCAAGCAGAAGGAGCAAGAGGAGCGCGAGAUCCAGCGCAGACGUGAUCAGAAAGAGGCAAACGAGCGGAAGAGGGCUGAGAUGAAGGAGGAAGAGCAGCGCAAGCAAGCUGCGGCAGCUAAGAAGGCCGCGAUUGAGCAAGCUAAGCGCACCCGUGCGCCGCCACCGCCGCCGAGGUCCCAGCCUAAUGGUCCUCCGGAUCACUUGGCGGAGAGCAGGCAGCCUAGCAGGCCUAAUUCUCGUCUGGGGUCGACUCUGCAUGAUAGUCGGCCGGUUAAUGCUGUUUUGGGGAAGGCGGCUUCGAAGCGUCCCCUGACGCAAAUGCAGCAGGUGCAAGAGGCACAUCAGGAUUCGAAGCGGAUACGUGUGUCGGAGGACUUUGAUGCGGAUAUUGAGAUGGCUGAAGGUAGCACCCAGCAGCAGAGAAGCAUCAGGGGUGCGCCAGUCCGGCCUUCUGCUGUUCGUCCUUCAGGGGUUAGACCUUCAGCACCCGCUAGACAACCCUCAGUUGGGUUCAAGAAGGAUAUGUCAACAACCACCACAAGCAAAUCCAUUUUCGCCAGCAACUACAACAACGUCCCGCACGCUCCGCCCCCUCCAUCACGGACAGUCGACCUCUUCAAGAAGACAACUGUAAACCAGAUCAAGACUGGCCACGCCCUCGACACCGCCCAAUUCCAAAAGGGCAACCACAUCCCCUUUGCCAACGGCGCCGGUCCUUCUUCCACCACUCAAGCCGGAUCAUCCCGUCACCCACUCCAAACCCCCGCUCGCCCGGGUGCCACUGCCGCCAGCCGCGCCCUACCCCUCCCAUCCGCCAGCAAACAUCAACCAUCCCGCACCUCCCCCCGCCUCGCCGCCAUCGCCGCCGGCGACUCCAUCGAGCUUCCUGAGAUCCAAACCGAUGACGAAGACGGCGUCGACACGCCCCGCCCGUCCACAUCCAACCCUAACCUCCGCUCCUCCCUAAACGGGGGUAACUGGACAGAUAGUCCGUACCUUAAGGCGCAGCUGCUGGCGCAAGAACAGCUCGAUCCGAUGGUCAUCUUUGGACCCCCGGCUCCGUUGAAUAUGGAGGAGGUGUUUAGCAAGGAUAAGAGUCGACAUCAUCGGUUCAGAGCCAGGACGAGUUCUGCGAAUUGGGAGGGGCAGGAUCGGUUGACGGAGGAGGAGGUUUGUAGGGAUCGGGAGGCGAGGGAGAGGAUGAGGAACGAGGGGGGUGGAGUUGGGGUUGGGAGGACUUUGGGAUAA